UUUCAUUGAACUAGUACACAUUGUUAGGGGCCAGCCGAAGCCCGCCUCCGGGUGCGGGAUUUUCUCACUGUGUUGAAGACCCAUUGGUGGUCGGGUUGUUGUCAUUUUGGCACAUUCCCCAUUUCCAUUCUCAAUUUUAUAUUUGGAAGCGGAAUGAGAAUAGUUACAACGCCAUAUUGCUGCUAUCAGUUGGCUCAUGGAUUUUGUAAAACAUAUUGCAUUCCUUUGACAGAGGAAGACUGUGAACGAUACUUAUGAGCCACAGUUUCAAAUAACUUCCAUCAUGAUCGUAAUAUUUCACAUGUGGUGAAAAUAAAACAGGAUCAUCGACAACGUUUAGCCAGAGAUAUAGAUGUGUCUCUGGAUUAGCGGAUCUUUUAAAGAGAAGCACUUGGUUUGGACAUAACAGAUGACCAGAUUAAGGAUAUGGAAGAAAAUAUUCACUGUAUUGAUUUUGAAAGAGCUGCUUUUGAGGAGAAACGAGUACGGCAUGAUGUGAUGGCACAUGUACACACAUUUGCAAAAGCCUGUCCUAGAGCAUCAGGCAUUAUACAUCUUGGUGCUACAUCAGCAUUUGUUGGAGAUAACACAGACUUAAUAGUCAUGAGAGAUGGAUUUGAUAUUCUUCUACCAAAGUUAGCCAGAUGUAUACAGAGUUUAUCAAGCUUUGCUCGCAAGUAUAAAGAUCUUCCUUGUCUAUCAUAUACACAUUUACAACCAGCACAGUUGUCAACAGUUGGUAAGAGAGCCUGUAUUUGGAUUCAAGAUCUGCUAAUGGAUCUUAAAAAUUUGGAAACCGCCAGAGAUAAUUUACGUUUUCGUGGUGUUAAGGGUACAACAGGGACCCAGGCAAGCUUUCUACAGUUGUUUGAAGGAGAUGAUGAUAAGGUUGAAGAAUUAGAUAAACUAGUCACAGAGAUGGCAGGGUUUCAGAAAUAUUUCCUUAUAUGUGGACAGACAUAUAGUCGAAAAGUUGAUGUAGAUUGUUUAGCUGCUCUAGCUAGUCUAGGAUCAUCUGUCCAUAAGAUAUGUACAGAUAUACGAUUGCUGGCUAAUUUUAAAGAGAUGGAAGAACCAUUUGAAAAGGAUCAAAUAGGAUCCAGUGCUAUGCCAUACAAAAGAAAUCCAAUGAGAAGUGAGAGAUGCUGUUCCUUAGCUAGACAUAUAAUGUGUUUAGUCCAAGAUCCAUUAAUGACACACUCCACACAAUGGAUGGAGAGAACAUUAGAUGAUAGUGCUAAUAGGAGAAUAUGUUUAGCUGAGGCUUUUCUCACAGCUGAUAUAUUAAUGGGAACACUACAUAAUAUAUCAGAUGGACUUGUGGUAUAUCCUAAGGUAAUAGAGAGAAGAGUUAACCAAGAGCUUCCUUUUAUGGCAACAGAAAACAUAAUUAUGGCCAUGGUCAAAGCUGGAGGUGACAGACAGGAGUGUCAUGAACAAAUUCGUGUGUUAUCUCAGGAAGCAGGAAAUGUAGUCAAACGAGAAGGGAAGGAUAAUGACCUAGUGGAAAGAAUACGCAGGACAAAUUAUUUUAAACCAAUACAUCAAAUCCUUGAUACACUGUUGGAUGCAUCAACUUUCAUUGGUAGAGCACCAAAACAGGUAGAACAAUUUCUGGAUAAAGAAGCAGAUCCCCUAAUUGAAAAAUAUUCUGAGAAAAUGAAGGCACUUGGGACGUCAGAUCUGAAUUUAUGAUAUAGGAAAGGCCAUUGAAUAAAAUGGUCAAAUAGGCUUUUCCCACUUUUAAUUUAUAUAUACCUUGUUAUCCCCAUGGCCAGAGGAAGUAGCAGAGAAAAUGUACCAUUUAAUUCUCUCGUUACUCUGUUUGUAUGUUUAGCCAACCUCUAUCAGGGCUACAUUUUGCAUAUAGCAAAUUUAGACCAUAAAGCUAUUUUGAGCUUUGUUGUGAUGAUGUGGAACUUGGCUUAUAAUUGGUUAGCCAGGCAUCACCUAUUUGGAUUAUGGACAAAAUCUUUAGAGCCAUAAGGAAUAUCUUUACCAAGAUUAAUGAUAAUGAUAAUGCUUGAUUAAGACCCUUGUGAAGAAGAAAACCCUAAUUAUUUUUUGGGUCAAUAGGUCAAGGUCAAAUUCACAGUUAUUGAAGGACUAAAAAUUUAUUAAUUUUUUUUAUUUUUUUUUUAUUUAUUUUUUUUUAUGGGGAUAAGUUUUUUGGUUUCUAAAAGUUAUCUUUUGAACCAUAUGUCCAACUUUUACCAAACUUGGUUGUUAAUGAAUGCCCCAUGAGAUAAGCAGCGUCUUUAUUGAUUACAGGGUCUAUAGGUCAAAAGGUCAGGAUCACAGCAGCCUUUGAUAGACUGAUACUUGGAGUAAAUUUUUGGAUUUGGAUGUUAUCUUUUGAAUAUAUGUUUUACCAAACCUGGUUUUUAAUGCCUAAUGGCAUUAAGAAUAUCCCUAUUAAUUUUUGGGUAAAAUAGGUCAAGGGACAAGGUCAAUGCAGCUUUUGAACCAUAUGUCCAACCUUUAUCAAACUUGUUUUGAUAAUGCCCCAUUGGUUGACCUAUCUUAUAUUUGAGUAAUCCCUAAGAAAUAUUCUAAUGGUCCAUUUAUUAACAAUUGUACCCCAUGUAGGGUUUUCAAAAGAUUGUUCAGAAGUGAUUUUGUUUAGAAUUUUAGGCAAGGGUCUAUGGACCAGGGAAGGCCUCCUAGCAGGUUGAAUGAGAGGUUUCUGUCUGUGGACUGGCAUAAUUGGGGAAUUUAAGUACCUCUUUUCUGAUUUGAUUGGCUUCUGUAUGCUUAUAUAACCUGUUGAUAUGUUUAUAAUUUUUUCUAAAUAAAUUAUUUUCAUGCUGAA